CCUUGGAACCAUAGACUGGAGACCAGCUCCUGCAAAAGAGUGGCUUCUCCAUGGAUUGCCUUCUGCUCCAGAAAAGGAGGCAUUUAAAACAAACUGCAGCAUUUUCCUCUUGAGGCACGGUCCCGGGACGUUGGGCCAAUGUCUUCCGACCUGGCAACAACAGACGAACCAUCAGGUGUCAUUCAAGGCCAGCGGGAAAAUGAGAAGGGCCCAAGGAGGAAGAAACAUCACAAUAGCGGGGAGCCCGUGGAGAGACGGCAGGACGUGUUGGAAAUCCAAGCGGAGAUCGAGAGCCUGACCAGGGCCGGAAGCCAGGCCUUGGCUCAGGAACGUUGUGGGGAGGCCCUGACCGCCUUCAAGAAGGCCUUCCUGGCUUCGCUGGAUGUGACAGAGCAGCAGGUGCAGAGGGCCUGCGCUUUCAACCUGGGUGCGGCCUACAUAGCUUCCGGCCGCCCCGCCAAGGGCCUAGACUUCCUGCUCCGCUCGCAGCCAGACAAAGGCGGGGAGAGGCAGGGCGACCUGCACUUCAACCUGGGCUUGGCCCACGAGGGGCUGGGAGACCCGCCGGCAGCCAUCGAAUACUACCAGCGGGCUCUGGCCCACUAUCAGAGCCAGCAGGGCCACGGCGAGGCGGACACCCACAUGAAGCUGGCUGGUUGUCGGGCUCGGGCUGGGGAGCUGGACCAGGCCGGCCGCUGCUUCCGCAGGGCGGGCCUGGCCUAUCGGCGGGCCGGGAGCCUGGACCUGGCCGCCAUUGCCCUCAACGAGGCCGCAUGCCACAUGCUGCAGUGCCAGUGCUUCACCGCUGCGGAGAUCACAGAGGUGCUGAACGAGUGCCGGACUGUCUGCACCAACAUGCAGAACAAGGCCCUCCUCGGGACGCUGUACAAUGACGUCGGACUCAGCUACUCGCAGCUGAAGAUGUUCCUGCAAGCGGCAGAGUGCUUCGAGAUGGCCCUCCCCUACUGCCAGCGUGACGGUCUGGAUCAGAGAAAGGAGGCCAUCGUCCUCCAGAACCUCGGUGCUGUCUACAACACCUCGGGCAACUACAGCAAGGCACUGGCCUUUCACCAGAGCGCCGCAGCCUUGCACGGUUCACUGGGAAGCCGGAACGCACAGGGCCAGUGCUUCUGCAACCUGGCCUACGCCUACAGUCAGCUCGGAGACCAUGAAGACACAGCAGAGAAUUAUCUGCACGCCCUGCAGGCCUUCAAAGAUACCGGUGAUUUUCACGGACAGUGGCAAGCUUGUGAAGGCCUCGGAGCUGCUAAAUUUCGCCUGGGGGAUCCUGAGAGAGCCAUCCUUUACUACAAGCAGGCCCUAGCUGCUCUAGGCAAGUCACAGGAACCCACUGGGUCAGCCCAGGAAAGGAUUGUGAACAAGAUGACAGAUGCCAUCCAGUACAAGCUGUCCCUGAAUAGUGCGUUGCCCCAUGCCAGUGGUAUCCCACCUGCCAUGCCUUUGAAGUACCUACCUGGAAGUUUCCCUCGAACAAACCCACUGAGGGCUCCUGCUCCUGUAAAUGGACAUCGAAUGCAAAUACUGCAGCUGGGGGACAACCAAACACCCCCUUACCCCUCCAUCUGCCUGAGAACACAGCACAUCUGUCAAGAGCGGGGACACAGCCAGCACAGGCUCCCUUCACGAGGGCGUGAAGGCCCGGGCACUUCUGCUGCAGAAACCGAGCAGUCGCUCAGUGGGGAUCUGGCAGAAGUAGCGGAGAUCGAGAGUGCUGAGGGACCCUGGGAUAACAGUGGAAAUGUGCACCGCAAUGGGGCUGAGGCAGAGGAGAAAGAGAAGGAUGACCUUGCAGUCGUGACAGAAGAUGAGGAUCUGUACCAGGAGGAUAAACUCUACAGCAAUGGCCCUGCUCAGGAAAACAGGAACUUAAACAACACCUACCUGCAGCCAGAUCCCACGUACCUGAACAAUCCGCAGCUCAGAACAACUCAGAGUGACCACUUCUACGAAACAUUGCAGACGAGGCAGAUGCCAGCAGUUGAGGAGGGCAUGGCUUCAGGAUCACAGAAAUCUGGGCGUUCCAGCGAUGGGAAUGACCAGGACUCUCCGAAGUGGAGGAGGAACUGGGAAUCCAAAAUGUGCAAAAUCAUCAAUUAGCAGUCCUGCUUGCACUUAAGUGCUGCCUGCAGGAAUUUCAUCAUCCCUCACUGGCACCAGUGUGCUGCUCAAGAGAUGAAAGGUGCAGUUGAAGAGAGAUUGGGGACUAGAACUGACAAGCAACAAGCCAUCACAAAAACAAUACCAGGAGGAAACAGCCCUCAUCCUCACAGGAAGUGGCAGAAAAACUUGACAAUGCAGUUACAAUCUUUGAUUCCCAGAAGAACAUGAAGAACAUAAGAAAUGGGGGCAGGAGUAGGCCAUCU